ACUACAUCUACAUUGGCAUUGACAUUUGGAAUUUAUGCAGCUCAACUGUGCGAGCCACGUGUAACGUUGCACGAACUCAGAACAUGCCAACAUGUCAAAAAUGAUUGACGGACUCUCUGAUUUUCGAUUUAUAGUAAACAUCGAAGAACACAGUAAGGAGAAUACGCCGCCUCAAGGGGAACAACUAGAGGAAGAUAUCCUCAACAUCUUGAGGAAAAUACAAUAAAGCAGCCAGAUGUAGGACCGGCUAUCCACAAUGAUCUGGCAGUUCGAUGGGCUCACAACAUGCAGAUGGGUUUGGAAGAGGAAGAGAAGAACAGAUUAUUAGAAAAAUACCUCCCCCCUGAAAAUUGUACUCAGGUAAAAGCUCCAACACUUAACUUGGAGGUCAAUGCUGCAAUCUCCAGCUCUGUGUAGCAGAGAGACGAGAGACUCUCUGCUUUACAGCGCCAAAUAGGCGCUAGCCUGUCCUGUAUAGGCAGCGCUCUGACCCUCAUCCUCAAAGAAGAGGGAGGGGGCGACAGAACGUACAUCCAAUUGCUGAAUGAUACCAGCAAACUAUUGACUGACCUGCAUCGCGCAGAAAGCAUUGCUCGUCGCGAACUAGUAGCCCUUAACUUGAACUCUGACGUAAAACAGAUCCUAUCGGAAGCCACAGUUGAUGGGCUGCUCUUUGGGACAGACUUAGAAGCCAGACUAAAAUCUUCCAAAGACCUGGAGAAAUCGGGCAGGGAGCUGAAGGCCGUUAAGGCUAAGCCACUACAGAAUGCUGCCAAGCCGUUAAACUACCAAAGUCUGCCUCGUAUCAGCAGGGAGCAUGUCGAGGCGGACAUCAACACCAGCGCCUCAGUUACUCCACGAACCGCUACAAACCACGUCGAGAGCCACCACGUCGACUGAACCAGGGGAGUCAGAACAGCUACAAACUCAAAACCAGGAACCCAAGACAGUAGAUAAGGUCACAACCGCUUUGGCACAACAUUUCCCUGUGGCAGGGCGCUUAUCCUACAAGGCCUUAAACAGGGCAACGUCCCAGAUGGAUCGUUAGAAAUUUGCCUAGCCGCAGUAACGGACUCGACCUUAAAGCAAUACAACUCUGGCAUCAGGACCUGGUGGGAGUUCUGCCAGGCAAGGAACAUUGACUUAUUCAAACCUACUCUAAGCGCAUUAAUGGAUUGCUUUGCAAGCGUAUUUGGGAAAGGAGUCUCAUACGGUACUCUGAACUCUUAUCGAACUGCGAUAGGCCAUAUCAUUGGAGGAGAACUUACACAAGAUCCUCGAGUGAAAACAUUUUUCAGAGGUGCGUACAAUAUACGUUCCAACCCUCCGAAGUAUGAGGACACAUGGGAUCCGGAAUUGGUUCUCAACCUUGCUCGUAAACUCCCUAAUGACGGUAUCACUCUUGAGCAGCUGACACGGAAAUUAGCUAUACUCUUGGCUAUCUGCACUGGACAGAGGGUCCAGACUCUCCAUAAAUAUUGAAGUACAAAAUAUUGUUACCGUAGAUGAUAAGAUAGAGAUAAAAAUACCUAAGAGGCUCAAGUCCUCUGGUAGAAACGUGCCACAACCUACACUAAUCCUACCGUUUUUCCAUUCCGAAAAAGAUAUUUGUCCUUCAACAGCUUUACAGAUAUAUUUGGAAAAAACAAAACCCAUUAGGGGCACCACAGAGAAAUUAUUUAUUACAACUAAGCCACCGUUUCGUAGCGCCUUCACGCAGACCAUAAGUAGAUGGAUCAAAGCAAUGCUGAGGGCAAGUGGGAUUGAUACAGAUAAGUAUAGCUCACAUACUACCAGACAUGGCUCUACCUCCGCCGCAGCGCGCAGGGGUUUUAACUAUGAUACAUUCCGCAAAGCAGCAGGUUGGAGGGAAAAAUCAAAGGUUUUUGCAGGGUUCUACCAGAGGCCUUUAACUUCAACCGAGAUAUUCGCUGAGGCAGUGUUACCCACCUAGCAUUAAGCUAUGGAAAUAUGUUCUAGCAA